AUGCCACUAUCAUUCUAUGCACUUUUGGCCGUCGGUGGUCUACAUCUGAUCACGUUUAUCAUGCUGAUUUGCAUAGUAUGCUGCAAGGGUAAAGACGAUGGCGAGAAUGAACCAGAGGAGGAGGAGGUUUUACCAGAUGCCUAUGGCGAGGUCAAUAUGUAUGGCGAAGAGGCAUACCCAACAGAGCCGAAUCCUGGUGUCGCCAACGGAUGGGUCAAGACGUUUCCGUCUAACAUUGAGUUUGCGGACGGUAAAAUGGGACGCGAAGGUGACCUUUACCGAGGUUUUUACGGCUACGUUCAAUCGGCCGUUUUUGGUUCUGCUUAA